GUCUCGAAGCUCGUGUCCCAUGGCUGUCUCCAUAGGGUUUUCAAAUUCAACACACAGUGAGUUUGAAGAGGAUGAAGUUAAUGAUGCUAUGGAGAUGGAGUUCUAAAAAAGCUUUGAAAUUUGUUCAGCCUCGCUUCCUGGAGACAGGUACUCUGAGAAAUGCUUUACUCCUCUAUAGCCCGAAUGAGCUAGUUUCUUGCUGCGAACGAGACUAUUCUGGUUUCAGCGAUAGGAAUCUGUCUUAUAGAGAGAGAUUGAGGAAUGGGCUUGUAGAUAUUAAGCCAGAUGAUGCUAUCAAUCUCUUUCAAGACAUGCUUCGGUCUCAUCCUCGUCCUAGUCUCGUUGAUUUUAGUAGAUUGUUUAGUGCCGUUGCCAGGACAAAAGAGUACGAUCUCGUCUUAGCUCUCUCCAAGCAAAUGGAGUUGAUUGGAAUUGCUCAUGACAUCUACACUUUGAGUAUUAUGAUCAAUUGCUUCUGCCGACGCCGAAAACUAGGUUUUGCUUUUUCUGUUUUGGGGAAGAUCCUGAAACUUGGGUAUGAGCCUGACACUAUCACAUUUAACACUUUACUCAAUGGCUUAUGUCUCGAGGGCCGAGUUUCCGAAGCGGUUGGGUUAGUUGAUCGAAUGGUAGAAAUGGGACAUACACCCAAUCUCAUUACAAUCAGCACUUUGGUCAAUGGACUUUGUCUCAAUGGUAAAGUCUCUGAAGCUGUGGUUUUGAUCGAUCAGAUGGUGGCGAAUGGCUGUCAACCCGAUGAAGUUACAUAUGGACCGGUUUUAAAUGUAAUGUGCAAGUCCGGGAAAACUGCCUUGGCCAUGGAGUUGCUCAGAAAGAUGGAAGAAAGAAAGAUGAAGCUCGAUGCAGUCAAAUACACUAUCCUCAUUGAUGGCCUCUGCAAAGACGGGAGCUUCCACGAUGCACUCAACCUUUUCAACGAAAUGGAAGUGAAAGGUUUUAAAGCAAAUGUUAUUACCUACACCACUCUCAUUAGAGGCUUCUGUAAUGCUGGUAGAUGGGAUGAUAGUGCCAAGUUGUUGAGGGAUAUGAUCGCAAGGAGAAUCACCCCCAACGUUGUCACAUUCAACUCUUUGAUUGAUAGUUUUGCGAAAGAGGGAAAACUUGUAGAGGCCAAAGACUUGUACGAGGAGAUGAUCACAAGAGGUAUAGCUCCUGAUAUUAUUACAUACAAUUCUUUCAUAGAUGGGUUUUGCAAGGAGAACCGCCUAGAUGAGGCAAACCAGAUGCUGGACGUGAUGGUUAGCAAAGAGUGUGAUCCUAAUAUCGUUACUUAUAGUAUUAUCAUAAAUUGUUAUUGCAAGGCUAAGCGGGUUGACGAUGGUUUGGAACUCUUCCGCAAAAUGUCUUUGAGAGGAGUGGUUGCAGAUACAGUCUCUUAUAGCAGUCUUAUCCAAGGGUUUUGUCAAUCGGGAAAACUUAAUGUUGCUAAAGAACUCUUCAAAGAGAUGGUUUCUCGUGGUGUGCCACGUAGUGUUGUAACAUAUGCUAUUUUGCUGGAUGGGUUGUGUGACAAUGGGGAAAUAGAAAAAGCAAUGGAAAUUUUCGAAGAAAUACAGAAGAGUGAGAUGGACCUUGAUAUUAGCAUCUAUAGUAUCAUUAUUCACGGGAUGUGCAAUGCUAGUAAAGUGGAUGAUGCUUGGGAUUUAUUCUGUAGACUCCCUCUCAAAGGAAUGCAGCUUGAUGUUAUGGCAUACACCAUAAUGAUUUCAGGAUUAUGUAAGAAAGGGUCACUCUCUCAAGCAAAUAAAUUGUUUACAAAAAUGGUAGAGGAUGGGCCUGCUCCAAACGACUGUACAUACAACACUCUAAUCCGAGCUCAUCUCCUAGUUAGUGAUGUAAUCAAAUCAGCUCAACUCAUCGAAGAAAUGAAGAGGUGCGGAUUCGCUGCUGAUGCUUCGACUAUAAAGAUAGUUAUGGAUAUGCUAUCGGAUGGUUAGUGAUGUAAUCAAAUCAAAUCAUCUCCUAGUUAGUGAUGUAAUCAAAUCAGCUCAACUCAUCGAAGAAAUGAAGAGGUGCGGAUUCGCUGCUGAUGCUUCGACUAUAAAGAUAGUUAUGGAUAUGCUAUCGGAUGGUUAGUGAUGUAAUCAAAUCAAAUCAUCUCCUAGUUAGUGAUGUAAUCAAAUCAGCUCAACUCAUCGAAGAAAUGAAGAGGUGCGGAUUCGCUGCUGAUGCUUCGACUAUAAAGAUAGUUAUGGAUAUGCUAUCGGAUGGUUAGUGAUGUAAUCAAAUCAAAUCAUCUCCUAGUUAGUGAUGUAAUCAAAUCAGCUCAACUCAUCGAAGAAAUGAAGAGGUGCGGAUUCGCUGCUGAUGCUUCGACUAUAAAGAUAGUUAUGGAUAUGCUAUCGGAUGGUAGAUUGGACAAAAGUUUUUUGGAUAUGCUUUCUUGAAUCAACGAGAGAUAUAAGCUAACCAUUCUCGUUUAAUGAUUGAUGUAUUUGGUCUUAUCAAUUGAAUAUUUGUUACAAACUUCAAUCAUUUUCAGUCUCUACUCCA